GGGCACAGCAUCCUUCGUUCGGCCACUGCUGGCUUUGGAAAGGUCGUUCCCGACUCGUCGAAACACCCUCAUCGCCCUCCUGUAACAUUAGAGCACAUGCAUACUCUGUUCCGUAGUAUUGACCUCUCUAAUGCAUUCGAUACAUUCGUUUUUGCUGUCGCAUGCACAGCUUUUUGGUCUUGUUGCAGGUAUGUGCGCUGUGAAGUUAGUUCGACUAUACUCUCAGCAUUCAAAGAUUCGGCGAACUUAACUCAGUCAGUACCAGCACAUUCGACCCUUCUCGUCAUACGGUGCGAAAUACUCCGUCACAUCCCUUGGACGAAAACUUCACAUGUAGAAGGGGCAGACAUCAUCAUCUCUAGUCUCGACGACGUCACAAACGUAUUCACAGCCAUCAAUCACCAUCUCGCAGCCAAUUCCACUGUCCCGCUUGACGCACCUUUCCUCGCACACGAAACUGCAGACAGCGGAUGGGCCGCGAUGACCAAAACGUGGUUCUUAGCACAUUGUAAUCAGCUUUGGAGAUCAGCCGACAUGUUGGAACUCACCGGACAUUGCUUUCGUAUUGGCGGAGCAACAGAAUUCAAGGUCGUUAGAAGUCACAAGCCUUUCUAGAAUAUUGGCGCAAGAUCGAAUUAAUUUUGCCUCUUUUUGUUACAUCUUCGUCCUCGGACUCACGUACAGCUAUGAUAAUUCAUCAAUGGACUCAUAUGCACGUCGUUAUUCACACACGUUGUCCCUACUUAACGCGUACAUCCGCGUUAACCUUGUCUAUCGAUCUGCCCAUUCAACUUCAGGAGAAACGAAGCAUCUAGUAAGCUGCUCGUACUAUGACCAUGUUCUUCUGACUCCAACACAACCCACCGUCUACCCGCAAGUGUUGCCUGGGCGGGUACCUGGGUAAACGUUA